AGGAAAUGCAAGUGAUCGUGCCUGUGUUGUAGAAGUAGACAAUUAUCACCAAUAUAGUACAAAUAGUCUUGAUCGACAGGCUUUUUCAAUACCUGUAUUUGGCUUGCUUGAGUCACCAUUACAGUCUUUUUCAUUGUCUCAAGAUGGUCCUUUAUUAUCUCAAAAGUCAAUGAAUCAUUCACAAGCUCAUGAAAUGAGAAUGAAUAAUAAUAAAUCACCUAGUUGCCAAUUUGAUCGUCUUACGGUUAGAGCUAGACCAGAUCCUGUGGGGUUUGAGAGCAAUUGCAGUAGUUUUAGUACUGAUAAUUUAGAGCAAAAUAAGUUGUCAAUGACACAAAAUAGUUUACAGAACCUGAUGCAGUAUAAUCAAGAUUCUGCCCUCUGUUCUAAAAGUAAUAAAAAUGCUGCUAGAAUCAGAUUGUGUAAUAUUAAUAGUUUAAAUAAAGAUUUAUAUGAUUCUACAAAAAAUUCAGUAUUGAUUGAAUCUAAUCCAAAUAAAUUGAGUCCUAAAGUAUAUGGGUUCAAUUAUUCUUUGAAAUCUGGUGAUGAGAUGGGGUUUUGCAAUACAUCUGCAGAUUGGGAAUGUACUUCUUGUAGCACUGAAGAAUUGCAAGUUCAAUCCAGGCAUUUAAUGUUUCAUGAAGCUCAAGAUACGACAGAGCAAGAAGAAGAUAGUAGUCAAGAUGUUCAUCCUCCUACUCAAGAAGAAGAUUCUGAAUCAGAAAUUCUUGCG